GGAGUUUCUCUAAAAGGAGUUUCCCUAAAUGGCGUUUCCCUAAAAGGCGUUUUCCUAAAUGGAGUUUUUCUAAAUGGAAUACCCUUCGCGGUAACUUUUUUAUGUUACAUUUUUCACCUUUAAAAUUCCCAUUGCUAUAUUUUUUUUUUUCUCAUUCCGUGUUGCCUCUCCACUGGCGCCCCUGCACUCGCCCGUUCGCCGACACCCUCUGGGCAAAAUUAACAAAACGCCAAUUAUUCAUAUCACACGAAGGGAGGGAUUCCCUCGUUUGGCCACACUCGCGGAAACAGUUGAGCACUUCCUUGUAGCACCGAUUUUAUGCUUCCCCCCGCAUGUGUACAAUUCGGACUUGCUCUUCACUCGCCGCUCCUUCGAACGUGGAGAAACGUCUACGCUUGGCGUGGCGCUUUACGAUUAUACCGGUAGGCAUAAUGUGAAUGGCGUCCUCUUCCCCGCGGCUACCCACGCGAUUGCCCCAAAGUUGCCCAUUCCAGCUGCAGCCGUUGUGCCAUUUUGCCCCAUAGAGUGGCUAGACUAGAAGCACCUCAGGUCAGAGAAACGCAAAUACGGGGGUAUAUUUAACUCUACGUGCGCACAUUCGUGGCGGUCCAAGCGAUAGCCACACGUGGAGGUGUUGCCCCCACAGGUAGAGCACCAAACGGUAGAGCAACCGCGUGAAUAAGCACUCCCCGUGGGCACACACCCCACUAGCGCAGCAGCUAGCCAAAAUAAUAACACAAAAUAUGAACGGGGAAGAAAAAAACAAUUUUUGCAAAGACGCGGCACUGAACCAUGCAGAGGUGACAACGGAAGAAAAGCACGCGGAAGCGGUACCAGAAAAUCUAACAUGUCUAAUUUGCUAUGAUGACAUAGACGAAAGCAACUACAUCGAAUAUAAAACCAGCCAAUUUAGCGAGUGGCACCCGAGCAUGUUCUGCCAAAACUGCACAGGCAUAUUAAUACAAACCCAGUACCAUAAGUAUAUAAAUAACGUGCAAAAGUCAGAGUGCCUGAGGGAACAGAAAAACCUACUUGAAAUGGGACCUCCAAUAAAUGUAAAGGACAAAAACGGCUUUCCCCUCUCAGAUGGAAAUGAAAUUUACUGCCUUUGGUACUUUUGCGAUAAAAAAAUUCACUCGGCAAAGUUGGAUGGCAGCUUGGCGGGCGAGGAACGAAUGAAGUUGUGGAAUGAGUUAAAAAAUUUUCUCAUAAAAGAGGAGAAAACGGACAAAGCGGAGUAA